AUGGAGGAACUCCGGAGUUCAAGGGUCCUUGGAGAUGGAAAGCUCGAUUCUGAUUCGGGUUCAUGGAGAGUUCAAAGGAAAAUGAUUCAAUUAUUCAUGAAGAACAACUACAGGUACAAAGUAUUGGUAGAGAAGACCAUCCACCAAAAGUUGAUACAAGGCCUAUUUCCCAUCCUUGAUCAUGUCUCCAGAAACCAAAUAUCUGAGAUAAUAGAAAUACAAGAUGUGAUUCAUCGAUCCAUGUAUGAUAAUGUGUCUGUUUUUGUGUUCGAUCCAAAAUGUCUCACCAUUGAAUUUCCUGAGGUUCCCUAUGCAAAAGCUUUUGAUGUCAUCGAGGAAACAGUAUUCUACGAUGUGCCCGAAUUAUACUGGAAGUUUAAAAAAUGGCUUCAAAUCGGAGAAGAGAAGAAACUAAGUAGAUCAUUGCAGACAUUUGAUCAAUUCAUGAACAAAUUAAUACAUCUCAACAAGGCGUGA